CAAGUAACCAAUCAAAAUGAAGCAUAAACACAUCGCCAUCUUGAGAGUCAAGAGUGCAUUGGUUUCCUCAUGAAGAAAAGUCUAACAUAUUUUCCAUAUGAGCCGAUAUCUGUAAAUUAAGACAGGUAUUCUAGAUGACCUUUACAACUCGAGCAUUACAGAUCUUAUUGCUUAACACUUUAGAAAUGCUGGAUUAACAUGUCUCAGUGUUAAUAAAGCUGGAAAUAAACAAUGGAUCCUAAAGGUGAUCGUUUAAGGAAGAUACAGAGUGGUCAACUCAAAUUACCGGAAUCUGUUCUCAAGAGUAACAAUAUUGUGUUGACUGCUGAUAAGCCGAUUGGCGGGGGAGGUGGAUGUUUAGAGGGUGGACCACGUCCACGACCAGCAGCUAGAGAAGAACAAGCUGGUCUGACGACAUCACGUACACCGAUCAUCAUUCCAAUUAAAGGUGGCAAUAACAAAAUGACUCUGUCCACUGCCGAGAUACCACUGCCAUCUCACUCUGAUAUUCCCUUGCCAGAGGCUGGGGAUAUACCCCUCCCAUCAGCUGAUAUGGUAAAUAUACCCCUGCCCAGUGGUAUUCUGCCAUCAAGUAAACAUGAAGAUAUACCUUUGCCAUCGAAUGAUAGCAUUCCAUUGCCUGCUGAAAGGCAAGCUGUGCAGCAGACGGAGAGAAAGCGUAUUAAGGUGUCGUUAUCUCAUUUGGAGCCGAAGGGCGAUGAAUUGUUGUGUCGGUCAUGUGUGAUGAGGUUUGCGAAGCAGAUAGAUUACGACACGCACCUACAAUCCGACGCUCACCAACAGGCGAUAAAACAGUCAGACAUUCAGAGUCACGGUGCCAGUCUACUUACAAAAAGACUUGACAAGUCUCCAAGUCAUGAUAACAAGUCAGGCCAUGUAUCAUUCAGCUUUAAAAAGAAUUAUGGUUCUCGGAUUGUCAAUACACAGCCGUUUAUACCAGUCCGUCGAGAGGAGAAGAGAGCCUCACCAGUGGAGAUCAAGCUACUCAAACCAGAAACAGACGUGAACGAUGCAGUAGAUGGUGGAAUAGAGAAGAUAGAGAAUGGCAGUACAACCGGAAGUUUGGAGGGUAGUGAGAGAGAUGAGUGUAAAAGUGAGAGAGAGGAAGAGAAAGGGCCAGAAAAUAAAAUAUUAAUGGAAGAUUUUGUUAAGGUUCAAAGUAAAGAUGAUUCAGGGAGAGUGCUUGAUUGGCCAAAAGAAAUGAUUCAGUAUUCAAAGACAGAGCCUAGACUUAUGUACAGUUGUAAUCCUUUGUCUUUUGAUUUUUCUCAGUUGUUUUCUACUAAAAAGAAAUCUCCUGGUCAUGCUGGUCAGGGUACAAGUAGUGUGACACUGGACAAUGAUUCAGAACAGAAAGGAAGUGAAGAAAUUGAACAGAAAACCGAAGAUGCCCUUAAGGCAGAUAGUGAAAAGAAAAAGUCUCAUAAAAAGAAGAAAAAGAAGCAUAAGCAUAAAAAACACAAGGAUAAAAAUGAAGUAAAAGAUGCUGCUGCUGAUGAUGAUGAAAGUAAGAAAGUUGGUGAAGAAACAAGUACAAGUAGUAAAAAGAAGAAAAAGAAACACAAAAGAAAACAUGAAGAUAAAGAGAAUGACACUAGUAAAGAAAACAUUGAAAAUACUGAAUUAGCAGAUGAUAAAGAAAAGAAAAGGCAUAAGAAAAGUAAGAAAAAGAGUAAACAAUCAGAAGAAGAAGGAGAAAAGUUAGGGGAGGAUGAAAGAAAACAUAGUAAAAAGAAAAAGAAGAAAAAGUCUAAGAAAAGGAAGAAGUCUAAGCAUCAAGGAGAGAGUGAAAAUGAUAAAUCUGAUGCUGAAAAGGAAAGCAAAGAAAAGGAAAAAGGCGAAUCAGGUGUUUCUGGGAAAGAAUCUGAAAAUGAAAAGAAAGACAAAGAAAGUAAGAAAAAGAAGAAGAAAAGGAAGAAACAUAAGAGAAAAGAAAGUGGUAAAGAUGAAAGCAGUGAUAGUGAAGUGGAAAAAGUGGAGGCAGGAAAGACUGAAGUUUCUGAAGUGUCAGAUGUUACUGCACCUGUCAAACGAAAAUUUCCAGAAGGGGACUCUGAUGGUGAAAGUGAUAAAAUUGUUGCAAAAUUGCAGGCUUUGAGUCGAACAAAAGUUGGACAAAAACCACCUGUAGUUAACAAUCAGGUAUUGCCAAAAAAGAUAAAGAAAGAGCCUGUUGAUAGUACUGAAAAGAAAACACCCUCAGAUAGGAAAAGAAUGAAUAGUGAAUCAAGUGUGAAUGAAUCAACUACACCUGUAAAAAAGGCUAGGGUGACGCCAAAGGCUUCUGGUAUUAAAGAUAAUGUUCAUAUAGCAGCAAUUGCUCAGAUUGCUAAUGUCAAAGUUGAAAAGGAAGAAUCAUGGAGUAAAAUAGAAACUCAGACAACUGAUAAUGUGAAAUCUAAAUGGGAUACUAGUGAUAGUGAUAUGGACAAUGCACUAGAUGAAACUCUGAAAAAAGAAAAGGUGUUAAGAAAACGUGCAUCUGCAAGGGGUGGAGUUAAAAAGACUAAUAUACUGAAGGAUUUGAAAAGUCCUUCUGUUAAGAAUGGUGCAAAAACUGAUAAUGAACACAAGAAAAUUGUGAAUCAGAACUCAUCUCAGAGGUCAAAUAAGUCUAAUAUAUCUGCUGGCAGUGCUAAGUUAUUGAAUAAUAUAAAUGAUAAACCUGUAAGAAAAUCAAGGAAAGUAUCAAGAAGUCCUGCAUCUAGUCACAGUAGAUCAAGAUCUCGAAGUCAUAGGUCAUACUCCCAUUCAGGAAGUUCGUCUCGCUCAAGAAGUAGGUCAUAUAGCUCGUCAUCUUAUUACAGUGACGACUCUAGACAUUCACGACAUCGAAGAAGACGCUCAAGUUCUAGAUCCUACUCAAGAUCUAGCAGUCGAUCUCGUUCGCGAUCUUACCACAGACGAAGAGGCAGGUCAUCAAGCUAUUCAGACUACAGUCGAUCUCGUUCAUAUUCUUCAAGUCGGUCCAGAAGUAGAUCUCAUAGAAGGCGAAAACGAUCUUACACAAGAAGUAGAUCAAGAUCUUACAGUAGCAGUUCUUACAGCAGUAGGUCAAGAAGUAGAACAAGGUCAUACAGAAAAUCCAGGAGGAAAAAUAGAAGAAAAAAGAUUUUCUCAAAAGACAGGUCAUUAUCAGCUCCUCCAGUUGAGAAAGAAAUUACAACUAAAAAGAAAUCAGAUAAGGAUGAAAAAGUAAAAGAAGUAAAAGAAAAGGUUGACCCAUCUGAGAUACCUUUACCUGACUUAUCUGGAAAGAAAGAUGAUGAAAGAACUGAGGAGAAACUUCAGAAGUUGAAAGAAAAGAAACGCAGAACUGAUGUAGGAGAAACUGUUGCUAAACUUGUUGAGUCUUUACCUGCAGAUAUACCUCUUCCAUUCAGUGAAGGUGCCAGUAGAACUGUGUCCUCAGAUUCUCUGCCAUCAGGUCCACCAACUGAAGCUCCUAAAGAGACAGAUAGUGGAUUUAUUGGACCAAAGAUGCCAGGCCCUCCUCCACCUCCUCCUCACAUGGGUAGAGGAUUCCCACCUAAUCAUGGUCCACCUGGACCCCCAAGACCUGGUUAUAUGCAUGGACAAUGGGAUCAUUGGGAUGCUCCUGGUCCAUGGGAUGGCCCUGGACAUUGGGAUGGACCUAGGCCACCAUUUAGAGGAAUGAGACCACCUUAUGAUCCUAGAAUGUAUGGUCCUUAUGAUCCUAGACGGAGAGGUCCACCAUCACAUUACAUGAACCGACCAAGGGGACCACAUCCUUACAUGGGUCCAAGAUAUCCAGGCCCACCUGGCCCUCACCCUGAAUAUGGUUAUGAAUAUGGCGAGUAUGAUUAUGCUGAAGAUGAUGCCUCUAAAAGUAGCUCUCCACCACCAUUGCCGAAAGAUCCCCCUAAAGAAUCUUCACCUAAACCCCCUUUGCCAAAAAAGAAAGGUAAAGAUCAAACUGAACCUGAGCAGAAUCCAGACAUUGUGAUACCCCCGGAGCAAGCAGAGCAAUACAAGCAUCUACAGAAACAAGCUGCUAAGCAUGCUCGCAGGCAGUUAAGAAGACAAGCUAAAAAAGAGUUAGGAGAACCAGAUGAAGACUCCACUUCCUCGGAGUCAGAACCUGAAGAGCAGCCUGAAGAGGUAGUUGAAGAAGCUGUUGUAGAUGACACUCAAGCUCAGCUGGUAGCUGUCCCUCAACAGGUGAUACUUCAACCUCAGCCUGCGGGUAGCCCCUCUGGAGCAUACAUUAUCGUGAGUGGUGGUCAACAGUAUAUUGUACAGAAACCUCAUAUAGUACAGGCUGGUAUGCCUAUACAAGCUGGCCAGCCAGUGAUGGUGUCUCAGGGUGCUAUCAUGGCUAAGCGGCGGACAAUGGAGCACUCCUCCCCCAUUAGUUCGGGAAAAGUUCUGUAG